AAAAAUGAAUUAAACAGGGGUUUUCGGAGGAUUUUGGCUUCCUUUAAACCCUAACUGCCGAAAGUAAGAACAAGAAAGAGAGAGACAGACAGAUUGAAUUGAGAAGCCAUGAAAAGAGUAAUUCUCAGAAAUAUUUUGUUCUUCACUCGCAAUUUUACAUCAUCCCCUACCAUUUCCAAUCGAAUUCCUAUUCGUCGAAAUCUGUUACCUCCGAUUUCUCGUUCAUACUCUCCCAGAUUCUUCUCCUCUGAAAAUGAUUCUUCUGAUCAAAGCUCUAAAUCUACUCUUCCUGAUGAGGUUGAGGAUGUCAGCAAUGAAGAGUUGAAAAAGAGGAUAGAACAGUACUUCAAGGGUGAUGAAGAGGCAUUCUCCUCUGUCUAUGAAGCCAUACUCAAAAGGAAGUUAUCAGGGAAGCACGAGCUUACUGAUGAUGAGCUGUUGGAAGAAUUGCGUUUUUCUCCAAUUGAUGGUAUACGUGAUGAAGAUUUCGAGGAAGAUUUUGAGGAGGCGCAUGAAACUGAUGAAGAUAUUCCGAAUUUGUGUAACGCCGAGAAUUAUGUUGUGAAUAGCUUACUAGAGGAUGAGUUCUUUAGCAUGGAUGAGAAAAAAUGGGGUUCCAUUGUUCAGGAAGCAAGUAAAUUUGGGCUUGCAAGGGACAUGAAGGAGUGUGAAGAGAUUUUAGAGGAUAUGCGCGAUUGGGAUAAGCUCCUCCCAGAUGACAUUAAGCGAAAGGUUAAAGCAAAGUUUGAUGAAUUAGGAGAUAAAUGUGAAAGACAGGAGCUUGAACCAGAGGAAGCAUAUCAGCACUUCAAGGAAUUUGAGGAUCAGAUUGUGGCUGAUUAUUUGAAGAAGACAGAGCAAGAACCAAAGUCAGAUGAGGCGACUGAGCCUGUAGAGAAGAUGUCUGAUGAUCCACCUGGUAAGGGUCCAAUACUCAGAUGGCAAUCACGGGUGGUAAUGUGUCUAGGAGGUGAUGCAUGGCAUCCCAAAAAUAGAAAGGUGAAAUUAUCGGUGACUGUUAAAGAGCUUGGACUUUCAAAAUAUCAAUUUCGUCGACUGCGGGAAAUAGUAGGGAAAAGGUAUCAUCCUGGAAAAGAUGAGCUAACAAUCACAAGUGAGAGGUUUGAACACCGUGAAGAGAAUCGAAAGGAUUGCUUGAAAACCCUGCUUAAAAUCAUCGAGGAGGCUGGUAAAGCUACUGCAUUGGUAGAUGAGGCCCGAACAUCUUACGUCAAACAAAGGCUUAAAGCAAACCCAGCAUUCAUGGCAAGGUUGCUUGCUAAGACGAAGCAGACCCCAGUUGCUGCUAUUUCUACAUGAGUAAUAUAUUCUCCCGUAUUCAGUUAGCAGAAUUCUGUUUUGCAGUGUUCUUCGUUGUUUUUUGGUCGAGGGGCAUGCUCUCGACGAACAAAUUUCUUGCUUGCUUCAGGCUUCAACAACUAAUACACAUGUGGGAUUCAUACAUCGCCUUAAAUAGAAUAUGAUCUACCAAAUCUACACAAGAUGGUGGUCGAUGAGGUUAAUGUUAAGAAGGAAAACCAUGUUAUGGUCGAUUAGGUGCAAAACCAUUGCUAUCGUACUCAAAUGUUGAGCUAAACUACUACUUUCUCUGCCCGUAGAUUUAUAAUUGUUAUAAUUUUAUUUUUGGCUAUGAAUUACACUUUUCUCUAAUUUUUAUUUUCUACAAUAAUAUCAGAAUUUUAAUCCCAAUAGAGUGGGGAGGGACAUAAAAAAAUUGUAUUCAAUAUAAUGUUAUAUUCCCUCUUGAAAUUUUAAAAGUGGAAACUUGAGAACUAAUAUUGCCAUUUUAUUAUUCAUGAGGAUUUA